CUCACAAACCUCACAACAGCACGGAGAAAAAUUGCGAGAUUUGAGACCGAGAUGGCCUCCUUUUCCUCCGCCUCUGUGCUGGCUUUGACGAUCAUGAUGGUGCUCGUCGCCGGUGCCCGGUGCAGCACCUCGGGCAAGGUUGGUUUAGCACUCACGAAGGGCUCCACCCCCACCAACCUCAUCGUGGCCGCCAAGUCCUUUGGCGGCUCAGCCGACGACCUCUCCAAGAUGCAGGUCAAGGGGCAGGGCUCGGACAAGUGGAUUGACAUGAGCAAUGCUGGGAGCUCCGGCAAGGGGAACUCCGUCUGGAAGGCCGUAUCCUCUACCCCACUCAAGGCCCCUCUCGCCAUCCGUUACCAGACAAAGCAGGGCACGACUGUUGUGAAUGAUGACGCCAUUCAUUCAUUUUAGAAGAUUUGUAUAUCCAUGCUGCGCAACCUAAGGGUACUAUUUGCUCAUUAUUUCGUUACCUUUCAUAUUUUUUACCUACAUGCUAAUAUGAUGAUCAUCUUCCCGGGGAAAGGAAAGGUGUAGCAGAAAAAAUAAUCCAUUUUUAGAAUGGCCUAGUUUCAUGGCAUGUCUUCCGUGACCUGUGAAUGUACAC